GAAUCUCGACCGAAAUCAUUGCUCGCACGGGAACUACUGCCUGAGCUUGUUCCCACGCAACGGCUGCCUCCCAUCCUACCGGCCUCUUGCACACCUUCCACCUCUGCUACACCUCAAUCGACGGUAAUUCUAGGCCUUUGCAAUAUGACCAAACUUUUCAUCACUGGAGCUACAGGCUAUAUCGGAGGAGAUGCCUUCUACGCCAUCGCCCACGCCUACCCUGACCUCGAAAUUACAGCACUGGUCCGCAACUCCGACAAAGGUGCGAAGGUCGCAUCUCAAUACCCGAAAGUCAGACUUGUGUACGGCGACCUGGACAGCGCAGAACUACUCACCAGCGAAGCCGCCAAUGCCGACGUCGUUGUGCACACCGCCAAUGCAGACCACCCUGGUGCCGCAAAUGCGCUGAUUGCAGGCCUAGCCCAGAAGCAAUCGCCAGGUUAUCUGAUCCACACAUCCGGCACUGGAAUCUUAGCUACCUCAACCUCAGACACAAAGUCGCACGGCGAGCAAAGCUCUCACGUGUACAAUGACUGGGACGGUAUCAAGGAGGUCACCUCGCUUCCUGAUCACUACGAGCACCGCAAUGUCGACAAAAUCAUUCUCGCUGCUGCGGAGAAGAACCCAGGGAAAAUUUUCACCGCCAUCGUCUGUCCGCCGGCCAUCUCCGGUCCUGGUCGUGGCCCCGACAACCAGCGCAGCGUGCAAGCGUACGAGCUCACUAAAGCCACGCUCAAGCGCGGGAAGGGGUUCCAAGUCAAUGCUGGACAGAACAUCUGGCACCAUGUCCAUGUGCAAGAUCUUUCCAAUGUAUUUCUCGGUCUCGUGACCGCGGCCUUGCAACCCGGCGGCGGCAAAGCUACGUGGAACGAGGAAGGCUACUAUUUCGCGGAAGCAGGCAGCUUCCUUUGGGGUGACAUUUCACGCAAGAUCGCGACGAUCGCGAAGGAUAAGAAGCUCAUCGACACUGAGGAGAUUGACAGCCUUUCUGUUGAGGAGACCAACAAAUUAGUCAAGGCAGGCGGGUACUUGCUUGGUACGAACUCGCGGGCUGAUGCUGUGAGAGCAAAGAAGCUGCUCGGCUGGACGCCCAAACAGAAGAGUCUGGAAGAUCUGCUGCCUGAAAUUGUUGAGGGGGAGGCGAAGGGCUUGGGUUUGAUCAAGGGUCAUGCAGAGAAAGCAGGCGCUUGAAAGUGCUGCAUGUACUCGAGCCUACGAGACUUGCUUGAUUGGCCGCAGUCUUGUCGGCCUUGAAAGGUCCAACAAUCUAGCA